AUGCUCAUAUCACCCUUGCGUCUCCAUCACGACCUCACCUCCAUUCUCUCCCCAACAAUAGACGCCGGACCCCACACCGCCCUCCUCAUCCUACCCGAAGGCCGACUAUUGUCUUCCGCAACGAGAUAUGACGAGUUGUACGCGGAGGAAGCAGAAGGGGAAGCGGAAGAGGCGGACAACGCGCCGGAUAUGAAUGGAUUGUCUGUUAGCGGGGGAAUUUCGGGCGGCGCGGCAGAUGGAGGGGAAGAGGGCGAGGGAGAAGAGGAGGAGCCAUACCUUGAUGAGCCGGAGAGAAUACGGCUGCUUUGUGGAUUGGCGAGUCAGUGGGAAGAGGAUGAAUCGCCUAGAGUGGAAUGUGAACUCGGCCGACUGCUUCUCGUUCCCAUCCCCCUCCCUUCAGCUGGCGCACCGAGCACGAUGCCUCAGAAUUUACCGGCUGCGAAGGGGUUGCAGCCGAGGAUGUUUGUGCUCGUGCUGAAUGGGACGAAAGGGACUGCGUGGAGUGAUAUGACGAGCAAGGCUGAGGAGUUCAAGAGAGUAUGGGAGAACGGAUGUGGGGCCUAA